AUGGCAUCACAAACAUUACCCUUGGAUGUUGAAGCUCAAUCAAUUAGACGAUGGAGAAUUCGUCGUAUUAUUCAACAGUUAUCAGAAUUAAAAGCCUGUGACGCAUCAUUAAUAACCAUAGCAAUACCAUCAAAUGAUCAAUUAGAUCAGACAGCUAAAUUGUUGACCGAAGAAAUGGAAACAGCAUCAGUAACAAAUUCUUCUCAAACGCAAAAUUCGGUUCAACAAGCACUGGUCACUGCUCAGUCCCUUUUAAGUUUAUAUUCACAGCGUAAGUUACCUCCAAAUGGUCUUGUAUUAUAUUGUGGUCUGGCCCAUAAUCACAAGAAUAGUAAUGAUUCUAAAGAAAACAACAUAUCAAUUUGUUUUGAACCAAUCCGAUCAAUUACAAAUUCCCGUUAUCAACGCAAUAUACACUUCAUAACAGAUUUUUUAGAAGAAAUGUUAAAUGAAUUACCGUUAAACAUUUAUGGUAUAGUUGUCAUCAGUGACGAAGGAGCACUACUUGCAAAAUUAGGAAAUACACGUGCUGACAUUGUUCAACAAUUCAGUGUAGAUAUACGGAAAAAGCCUCGUCGCGGUGGUGCAUCUACAAUACGUUUUCACCGUAUAAGAAGAGAAAAAUUUCAUAAUUAUUUUAAAAAAAUAGCAGAAAUAUGUGAAACAUCAUUAUCGAAUGUUGAUGGAGUUAUUGUUGGUGGUAAAGUGCAUCUAACAGCUGAAUUUGUUAACAGUGAUUUAUUAGAUAUCAAAAUCAAAUCAAAAAUAAAACGUAUUGUCGAUAUUCAAUAUGGUGGUAAAGCUGGUCUACAUGAAACAAUAAAAUUAUGUUCGGAUUUAUUUACAAAUUUAAAACUGAUUAAUGAAACCAAACAAUUGGAUAAGUUUUUCGAUUUAAUUAAAUUAGGUAGUGAUAGUGGCUCAGCGAUGCAAAUGUAUGCAAUUGGUGUUGAUGAAACAAUGUUAUCCUUGAAUUUAGGGGCUGAUCUUGUUGAUAAAAUUAUUUUGUGGGAAAAUUUAAUAAUAAAACGGUUUGUAUAUAAACUGAAACAAGCCGAAAAAGAAAUUAUUAUCUGGGCUGAUACCGAACAAAAAGCGUUUGAAAAAUUAAAGAGUAAUGGUAGCAUUAGUAAUAACAAUAAGGAUAUUGAAUGUUUAGAUGAAAUGAGUUUAGUUGAAUGGUUUGCAGACAAUUAUACAGAACUUAAUAUUAAAUUAAUACUUGUCAAUGAUUAUACACAAGAAGGACAACAAUUUAAAAUUGCUUUUGAUGGUAUUGCUUCUAUAUUCCGAUAUCCAAUAGCAACAUCAACAUUUAAUGACAUCGAAAAGCAACAACAUGAACAAAAUGAUAUUGAUGAUCAAACAACACUGUUUGAAUGA